AUGAUACACACAAUUUACGGUACCACUCGAUAUGCGGAAGCGGGCAAAACCAACUUCCACGACAUGCGAGAGUCCGAGCUUCCCAGUGCACCAACUACUGUUCCAUUGCACCGCUCUUUAGUUCAGGAGCUACACAGCUGGAAAACGCGAGAUUUAACUGCCAUAUUUAAUGAAACACGAUCCCAAUUUUCCAACACGUUGAAUCAGCUGGCAGAGACUGGACUGGACUUGCACGAUACCACCAGUCUUGAAAACUUAUCUGAAGUAUUCAAAGACUUUCGCGAGCUGGAGACACAGCAGAUUGUGCAACAGAGAAGCGUUAAUGACGCGAAAAUGCGGUACAGGACCAAAAGCGAUGAGCUUCCAGCCGUGACGUGGGAAAACUGGGACGCCUAUAAAGCGGGGGACAUAAGGGCGCCUUCAAUUGCCGAAGUAUUUGCUGAAGUUCAAAAAGAGCACCAUGCUAGCCCUGUGGACCUUCCUUCAGACACGCUGGCGCGGCUCUUCCGAGCACUGCCCCAUAUCUUUGCGGAUCCGACGUGUAUCCUGCCUGAUGAUCGGGCGGACGACGACUUGCAAAUUGAGGGUGGCCAAAUAGAGCUGACGUGCCCCAUAACAUGUAUGCAAUUCAAACGGCCAAUGAUUUCACGCAAAUGUGGCCACGUCUUUGACUACGACGGUAUUAAACAAUAUUUGGGAGAUCAACCUUCUAAAGAUUGCCCCCAAAGUGGGUGCAUUCAGAAGAUCUCAAUACGGGACCUUGUCAGGGAUGAGUUGAUGGAGUUACGUUGCAAAGUCGCUGCCACCAGGAACAAAGCUGUGAAGGCGAGUACACCAUUACACACGGUGUGA